UGUGCACGGCAGGCAAGCGAAAACACCAUGCUGGCCAAUCGAUUCUGGUAGUGUGCAAGUUUCGUGGUGUAUCUUCCGAGUGGAUAUUGUCCUGUUGGAAAUGUUGUGCAAAGAAGAUAAACUUUGUGUAAAAAUAGAUCGAAUGUCCGCUUAGAAAUCGAAGGAGUGAAUGCCCGUUCCAUUGAAGAUAUUCAACAUCAAUCAGACCUGCAUCAGCUGAAUGACCUCAGGAAGCGUCCUCUGUGUUUCGUAUAGCAUGUGGAUACAUCCACAGCGCGUGUACACUUAUCCGAUCCAGCUGGAUCAGAUAGGUUACGAAAAGCCCCACGGUGGUUUCGAUUGAGGUUGCGGCGUUUGCUCGUCUAAACGAUCGGCUGGGAAAGUUCGCCGAACAGCGCAUACGCAUAAAGAAGUAGGGGAAUUUUUGCGUACCUGAUGUGAUGCGGAUAGAUGCAAUUGAGUGAGCACGUGCCAUGGUAGACAACGGGUUCCAAAAGUGUCCAGUGAAACGCAGAUCCUAGCUCACACCACCCAACCAUUCAGAGUUCGAUACGGAUACGACAACGUUCGUUUAUUUGCGCCGAAGAGAGUGAGGGCCGUUCUUGUGUCACGAAACAUAGCACAAACCAUGUUGGGUGCACUAAUUAAAUAAUCACCGUGCGCAAAAGAACGUCCACCAGCGUCUGAGAGCAGUAGGCUACGGUGGAAGAAGUGCUUUGCUUGAAGUGUUCCUGUAACUCUAAACGGUGCACAUCAACGGAGGCCGUCGUUAAGGCGAAAAAGCGUACGACAUUAUACGCGCGCAAAGCCACACGGAGGAAGGCAACGUGGUGCGACAGUAUUAGUGAGCACAACGGGGUUUUGUGCUACACCGGAAGCAGAGACACGGAAGUCAUGAACGGCAAAAGGAGGAACAGUUCGGCAAAGCCGUCCUUAGAUCUACCGAAGGAGUUGAACGAGGAGGAGGAAAAUGAGGAUGAGGCGGAGGUCCUGGAGAGUGAGAAGAUGAUGUCCGAGGAACCUUUCGAUUUGGAUGAGCUGCUCCCCGUGAUAGGAGAGUUUGGUCGUUAUCAGAAGCUAUUGCUGUGGUUAAUAUGUCUUCCCGCCUGCAUACCGUGCGGGUUCUGUGCAUUCAAUCAACUAUUUAUGACGGACGUACCAGAGGAGUACUGGUGCCGGGUACCGGAACUCGAAAACUUCACCGCCGAGGAACGCAAAAUGUACUCCAUACCGAUGGUGGAGCUUGACGGGGUGGAAAGUUACAGCAAAUGUUCCCGCUACGCAGUGGAUUGGAAAGAGAUACUGAACUACAGCGACGAUCUAGAAGGGCCGCUGGCACCGAACAGCUCAUGGCCAACUGAACCGUGUGUGGAUGGAUGGGAGUACAACACCACCGUUGUACAGUCAUCUAUAGUGAUCGAUUUCAAUCUGGUGUGCGAUUACGACAUCUAUCCCACACUAGGGCUGGUAGCGCUCAACACCGGUGGUCCCGUCGGUGUGUAUCUGUUCGGGCUGCUAAACGAUCGUCUCGGCCGGCGGAUAUCGUACUUCUCCUGUCUGGCAACGCUGCUCAUCGGUAGCUUCAUUACCGCCGCCAGUACCAGCUUCUGGAUGUGGGCAUUCAGCCGCGUAAUCGUCGGCCUCACCAUACCGGCCGUCUACCAAAUCCCGUUCAUCAUUGCGCUCGAACUGGUCGGCCCGAACUAUCGGUCCUUCGUCACCGUAAUGACCUGUACGUUCUACACGUUUGGCAUCAUGAUGCUGGCCGGUGUUACCUAUCUGAUACGGGACUGGGUACAGCUGACCCUUUACACCUCCGUACCGUUUCUGUUCUACUUUCUCUAUCUGCUCGUAAUGCCAGAAUCUCCUCGCUGGCUGCUGAUGAAGGGUAAGCUAGAGCAAGCGCUGCUAAUACUGGAGAAGAUGGCCAACGUUAAUGGCAAGCAGCUGCCGGACAGUUUUCGAAAGCGGCUGCAGCAGCGCGUCCAGGCGGAGAAGAGCCGUACGACGAAGCGCACGGAACAGACGAUCGGUGCGUUCGAUCUGUGCAAAACGCCCAACAUGAGACUGAAGACGAUACUGAUCACGUUGAACUGGUUUGCCAACGAGACGGUCUACCUGGGACUGAGCUAUUAUGGACCAUCGUUGGGGGAGAACCAGUACCUUAGCUUCUUUCUGUCCUCGCUCGUCGAGAUACCGAGCUACAUUAUUUGUUGGAUUAUCAUGGACCGAUGGGGACGCCGGUGGCCAAUGUGUUUACUAAUGAUACUGAGCGGUAUUAGCUGUAUUGUAACUGUCGUCCUGUCGGAGGAUGCUGUUACGGAAACACUCGUACUGUACCUGCUGUCCAAGUCGAUGAUAUCGGCCUCGUUCCUGAUCAUUUAUCCGUUCGCUGGGGAGCUCUAUCCGACGCAGGUUCGUGGUGUUGGCAUCGGCACAUCCAGCUACAUCGGUGGACUCGGUCUUAUCGUUAUACCAUUCAUUACAUACUUGGGCAAAGAAAACCUUCGCCUACCACUCGUCAUAAUGGGAUGCGUGUCCGUACUCGGUGGGUUCACCGGGCUUCGGUUACCGGAAACGCUACACCAUCGUCUUCCCCAAACGCUCGAAGAGGGCGAACUGUUCGGGCAGGACUGGACCUUCGACGAGUGUUUCCGGUGCAUUCCGAGCAAAAAGUCACCCACGAGCUCGUACGAGAACCUCUCGCACGAUCCGUCCGAUGCGGCACUCGAGCUGAAUGCGGCCGUCCCGAUCAAUGCCGGUACGUUCGCUACCGGGUCCGGUUCGUGCUCUACCGAACGGACACCGCUCGAGCUGGCCCGGAUACGCCGGCAAUCGAUGAAGCGGCUCGUACGGCAGGCUAGCACGAUGGACACGCAGAAAACGAAGGAUGGUGCUAUGCAGCUGACUUACUGGUUUUGAAAUCAAAAGCUCACCGGCACCAGUGGCCACCGAAAGGUCGUUUGUGAUAUAUGACAUCGGAAACAAUGUGAACCCCCACACACACACACACAGAGACACAUACACCGUGGAUGUAUUUUUUGUAUUAACAAUAAAGAAAUACGUAUAUGUA